AUGCAUCCCUCACGUGUUUUCAAAUCCUCGCCACAUUGCACCGCUAGUCCAGACGGGAGGCUUGUUGCUACCCUGUCCUCGCAGAGCAUCACUGUGCGUUCAACCCUGUCGCUCUCGAUCGUGCACCAGGUAAAGCUCCCUUCGGAUCUGCCAACCCCUGUGUCCACGCUAGCAUGGGCACCAUCUUCUUCCCGGAUCCUCGUCGCAAGUGCUGACCAGAUCCACGUCUUUUCGAUAACCGACUCGUCGUUUCGUGCCACGAUUCGAAACCCUGCGCCUGGUGGUGGAAAGCAAGCCCUGGUUCAGUUUGGCGCCCACGAAACUGAGAUCUUCGCCUGUGCUGCAUUUGGACUCAAGUUUAUCAUUUUCGAUCUGUCUACUUCCAAGGCGAUCGAGAUCGCAAACCCCAAGUUCUAUCUGCCCUCCUCUGCCUCGCGGGGUUACUCUGUACGCCCGCAUACCUCGCAUCUUGCCAUCCUGACGCGGACGAGUGGUCGAGACGUCGUCAGCAUCCACCACCCUGGGACCAGGCAGGUCUUGAGAUCCUGGUAUCCAGACACGGCCGACGCUCAUGGCUUGACAUGGACCCCUGACGGACGAUGGCUACUGCUGUGGGAGUCCCCGGCGCAUGGCCACAAGCUCUUGCUCUACACGCCUGACGGAGAACUCUUUCGCUCCAUUGGGGCUUCGAGCAUCGUGGGAGGACAAGAUGCUGACCUGGAAACCGGAAUCAAGCUUUGCCGUCUCAGCCCCGAUGCAUCCCUCUGCGCUGUAGGUGAUCACAGCAGGACUGUGGGUGUCCUCAACACGCAGACGUGGAGAGACGGUUUAAAGCUCGUCCACCCCACCACCAUCGUCCCAAAAGAUACGCUCCAGGUCUGGCAGGAACAGCUUAAUCCCUCUUCUCUGGGUGGUCCCUCUCACACGUUUCUUCGAGCUACUCAGAUGAUUUCUCCCCCGAGCCGAUUGGUAGAUGGCAAGCCCUCUCCUGAUGUGAAGCCGGGUUGUUCCUCGCUAGCAUUUGACGCAUCCUCGAGCCUACUGGCCACGAGGCUUGACGAUACACCCACUACUCUGUGGAUUUGGGAUGUCACCUCAGCCGAACUCCGGGCGGUAUUGUUGUUCCAUUCAAGUGUUGACUUUCAAUGGCACCCGGACGCUCGUGAGGUGCUCCUGAUAACAUGCCAGGAUGACAAGUACCGUGGGAUAUCGUUUGUCUGGGAUCCAUUGUCCGAAGGGCCCAAGCAGGUCUCAUUACAGGCUCACCUCCCAAAUGGAAAGAUGGUGGGAAAGACUCGAACUGCUUGGAUCAACGGGGAAACCGAGUUCCCGGUUCUGCUCCUAUCUGAUGCACAACACUAUGUGUUGAUGUCGUGCGCAGAUGCGGAGCAGUGCCCAACUCCAUGGGGCGAAGCGUCUGGUGACAGGACUUUUGGGUCGAUGCAGGAUAUUGGAGACACGGUCGAUGUGUCUGCUCUGAUGCCGGACGACACAUCCACAUUGGAUGACACCUUUUCUUUCAAGCAUGUGUGA